UAGCUAAGCGCUGCCUGUGAGGCUGGAGGGGGGCGAGGAACCACUAAACCUCUACACACGGGUUGUAAGGUUUUUACCUUUUUAUUUUUUAUUCCCCACUGGCAAGAAAAUAUCAACACUGGGGUUUUUUUUUAAUGAACCUCCAGCAAAUGAUAACAACCGGAGCUGAAACAGUGUAAUUGCUAUUAACUCUUUUCUCGAAAGAGAGAGCUCACACCUCGAGCCGGGACACGCACUCACACUCUUCCAGCUCCCCUCCCUCCCUCCCUCCCCGGACAGCCCGGUCCAGGCUCCGCCAGCCCCGCGUCAUCGUCCCUCCUCCCUCCCCGGCCAGGAGCGAGCUUUAGGAGGGAUUAAUCCCACCACAGACACAUUCAAAACACACAUUAAAACGCCGGGACCAUGUCGUUCAGCGAGGAUGAGAGGGAAGACUUCGCAGCCGAGGAGGAGCGUGCACUUCUCCCGGAUGAGGACGAGCCGGAGGAUGCUGUGUCUGACGUAGACGAGGUGCCCAAGUCGAAGAAGAAGAAGAAAGCCAAGAAGAGCAGCAGGGAGAGCAGGAGCAGCAAGAGGCAGAGACCCGUCCGAGAGGAAUUGCCUGUCAGCUCCCCUGAGCACCUGAUUGGAGCGGAGACAGCAGAUAGGGAUGCAGAUGAAGUAGCUAUGCGGUCAGAGAGUGAAGGAAGUGAUUAUGCCCCUGGGAGGAAAAAGAAAAAACGCUCCAGCUCUAACAAAGAAAAGAAGAAAGGAGGUGGGGCAGGAGAGAAAGGAGGCUCGAAGAGCAAGCGUAAAAACCCUGAGCCAGAAGAUGAUGAUGACGAUGAGGAUGAUUGUCAGCCUAAAAGCUCCACGCAGCUUCUGGAGGCCUGGGGCAUGAAAGACAUUGACCAUGUCUUUACUCAGGAAGACUACAGCUCCCUCACAAACUACAAGGCCUUCAGCCAGUUUGUCAGGCCUUUAAUUGCUGCAAAGAACCCCAAAAUUGCUGUAUCCAAGAUGAUGACUUUAAUGAUGGCUAAGUGGCGAGAAUUUAGCACAAAUAACCCACUAAAGGGUUGCGCCACUGCUAAUGCAGCUCUGGCAGCUGCCAAUGUGGCUGCAGCCGUGGAAAACAUGGUGGUUUCAGGGACCGAUGGAGGGUCUGAGACUGGUCCCGCAGCUUCUCCUGUAUCUACUCCUGCACCCGCUUCUGCUCCAACACCCACCGUAGCUCCAGCAGCUCCCCCAGCUCCAGCACCUCCCCCACCUCCGCCACCGCCAGCACCUCCACUCCGCAAAGCCAAGACCAAGGAGGGAAAAGGUCCAAAUGCUCGUAAGAGGUCAAAACCUGCACCGAAGGCUCCUCAGAAACAGAAACCCAAGAAGGUAGCGCCACUCAAGAUCAAACUGGGCGGUCUUAACAGCAAGAGGAAGCGUUCUUCUAGUGAUGAAGAUGAACCUGAUGUCGAUAGUGACUUUGAUGAUGGAAGUUUCUCAGUGACAGAUGGCUCUAACCGCAACAGCCGCCCUAAGAAGAAGUCCAAGAGUGUGAAGAAAAAGAAGAAAGUGGAGACGGAAGAUGGCGACGGUUAUGAGACUGACCAUCAGGACUACUGUGAGGUGUGCCAGCAGGGAGGAGAGAUCAUACUGUGCGACACCUGCCCUAGAGCUUAUCACAUGGUCUGUCUGGACCCCGACAUGGAGAAGGCACCUGAGGGCAAAUGGAGUUGUCCACAUUGUGAGAAGGAGGGGAUCCAGUGGGAGGCCAGGGAUGAACUAUCCGAGGCUGAAGGCGAGGAAGAUGAUGACAGGCGAGAUGAAGGGAUGGAAGAGGAAGACGAUCACCACAUUGAGUUUUGCCGUGUGUGUAAGGAUGGAGGAGAGCUGCUUUGUUGUGACACCUGCCCCUCCUCCUACCACAUACACUGCCUCAACCCUCCUCUCCCCGAGAUCCCCAAUGGAGAAUGGAUCUGCCCCCGUUGCAAGUGUCCACCGAUGAAGGGCAAAGUGCAGAAAGUUAUAACAUGGCGCUGGGGAGAUCCGCCACCUCCGGCACCGGUCCCGAGGCCUGCUGACCUGGCUGCCGACGCCCCCGACCCCCCGCCUCUGGUCGGCCGCAGAGAGAGGGAGUUCUUUGUCAAAUGGUGCAAUUUAUCCUACUGGCACUGCUCCUGGGUGAAGGAGCUGCAGUUGGAGCUGAAUUGCCAGGUGAUGUUCCGUAACUACCAGAGGAAGACCGACAUGGACGAGCCUCCACCUGUAGACUUUGGAGGAGAUGGCGAUGAGAACAAGAGCACCAAGAGGAAGAACAAGGAUCCUCUCUACAUCCACAUGGAGGAGGAGUUUUACCGCUAUGGAGUUAAAAUGGAGUGGUUGAUGCUUCACCGUGUCCUGAACCACAGUGUUGAUAAAAAAAACAACGUACACUACCUGAUCAAGUGGAGGGAUCUGCCGUAUGACCAGUCAACCUGGGAGAGUGAAGACAUGGACAUUCCCGAGUAUGACACCUACAAACAGACAUACUGGAAUCACAGAGAGCUGAUGAUGGGAGAGGAGGGCAGACCUGGCAAAAAGUUCAAGAAACCAGUGAAAGUUAAAAAGACAGAACGGCCGCCUGCCAAUCCAGUGGUGGAUCCCACCAUCAAGUUUGAUCGACAGCCCGACUACCUGGACAGUACAGGAGGGACCUUGCAUCCCUACCAGCUGGAGGGCUUGAACUGGCUGAGAUUUUCUUGGGCUCAGGCCACUGACACUAUCCUGGCUGAUGAGAUGGGUUUGGGCAAAACCGUUCAGACGGCUGUCUUCCUCUACUCGUUGUAUAAAGAGGGUCACUCUAAAGGUCCGUUCCUCGUCAGCGCUCCUCUGUCCACCAUCAUUAACUGGGAGAGAGAGUUUGAGAUGUGGGCACCGGACAUGUACGUGGUUACAUACGUCGGGGACAAAGACAGCAGGGCUGUCAUCAGGGAGAAUGAGUUCUCCUUCGAAGGAAAUGCCAUCAGAGGAGGGAAAAAGGCUUCCAAGAUGAAGAAAGACUCAACGGUCAAGUUCCACGUUUUACUGACAUCCUAUGAGUUGAUCACCAUUGAUCAGGCGGUGCUGGGCUCCAUCGAAUGGGCUUGCCUGGUUGUUGAUGAGGCACACAGACUGAAAAACAAUCAGUCCAAGUUUUUCCGAAUUUUGAACAACUACCCGCUGCAGCACAAACUGCUGUUGACCGGUACCCCUCUUCAGAACAACCUUGAGGAGCUUUUCCACUUGCUGAACUUCUUGACCCCAGUGAGAUUCAACAACCUGGAAGGGUUUCUGGAGGAAUUUGCAGACAUUGCCAAAGAGGACCAGAUCAAGAAACUCCACGACAUGCUCGGACCGCACAUGCUCAGGAGGCUGAAGGCUGAUGUUUUCAAGCACAUGCCUUCAAAGACAGAACUCAUUGUUCGAGUGGAGCUGAGUCCCAUGCAGAAGAAAUACUACAAGUUUAUUUUAACACGCAACUUUGAGGCCCUGAACACUCGUGGAGGUGGAAACCAAGUUUCUCUGCUUAAUGUAGUUAUGGACCUGAAAAAGUGCUGCAAUCACCCCUACCUCUUUCCAGCAGCUGCCACUGAGGCACCGAAACUUCCCAACGGCAUGUACGAAGGCGCUGCCCUCACCAAGUCUUCCGGGAAACUGAUGCUGCUCCAGAAGAUGAUGAGAAAGCUGAAGGAAGGAGGCCAUAGGGUUCUGGUUUUCUCCCAAAUGACCAAAAUGCUUGACCUGCUGGAAGACUUCCUGGAAAACGAUGGAUACAAAUAUGAAAGAAUUGAUGGCAGUGUCACUGGAAACAUGAGACAGGAGGCCAUUGAUCGUUUUAAUGCUCCUGGUGCUCCGCAGUUUGCUUUCCUCCUCUCAACCAGAGCGGGCGGUCUGGGCAUCAAUCUCGCCUCUGCAGACACCGUCAUUAUCUACGACUCUGACUGGAACCCCCACAAUGAUAUCCAGGCUUUCAGCAGAGCUCAUCGUAUCGGCCAAAACAGGAAAGUGAUGAUUUAUCGAUUUGUUACCAAAGCGUCUGUUGAGGAGAGGAUCACACAGGUGGCAAAGAAGAAGAUGAUGCUCACUCAUCUGGUAGUACGACCCGGCCUUGGCUCCAAGACGGGUUCCAUGUCGAAGCAGGAACUUGACGACAUCCUCAAGUUUGGAACUGAAGAACUGUUCAAGGAUGAACUCGGAGAGGGGGACAACAAGGAGGAUGACAGCAGUGUGAUCCAUUACGAUGACCGCGCAAUUGACCGUUUGCUCGACCGGAACCAGGAUGCCACGGACGACACUGAACUCCAGAGCAUGAAUGAAUACCUCAGCUCCUUUAAAGUGGCCCAGUAUGUGGUCAAAGAUGAAGAAGAUGAGGAAGAGGAGGUGGAAAGGGAGGUCAUCAAGCAAGAGGAGAGUGUUGAUCCCGAUUACUGGGAGAAGCUGCUCCGGCACCACUAUGAGCAGCAACAGGAAGACCUCGCCCGCAACCUGGGCAAAGGCAAAAGAACUCGAAAGCCAGUAAACUACAAUGACGGUUCCCAGGAGGACCGAGGUAUAAGACAGGACUGGCAGGAGGAUCAAUCAGAUAACCAGUCUGAUUACUCGGUGGCCUCAGAGGAGGGUGACGAGGACUUUGAUGAACGUAGUGAAGCUAAUUCUCGCAGACCGAACCGCAAAGGGCUGAGGAACGACAGAGAUAAACCUCUGCCCCCACUGUUGGCCAGGGUUGGCGGGAACAUCGAGGUGUUGGGCUUCAACGCACGGCAGAGGAAGGCUUUCCUGAAUGCAGUGAUGCGUUACGGGAUGCCGCCCCAGGAUGCUUUCACCAACCAAUGGCUGGUCAGGGACCUGCGAGGGAAAUCUGAGAAAGAGUUCAAGGCCUACGUUUCUCUGUUUAUGCGUCACCUUUGCGAGCCUGGAGCUGAUGGGGCGGAGACUUUUGCGGACGGCGUCCCACGUGAGGGUCUGUCAAGACAACAUGUGCUUACACGCAUCGGUGUGAUGUCACUUAUAAGGAAAAAGGUGCAAGAGUUUGAACAUGUAAAUGGUCAGUGGUCAAUGCCCUGGAUGGCAGAAUUAGAGGAGAACAAAAGGGCUGCAGCUUUGGCUGCAGGCGAAGACCCAAAAACUCCUUCAACUGGGACCCCUGCAGACACACAACCCAACACGCCUAUCCCAGAGGAUUUGUCUAAAUCAGAGGACAAAGAUGACAUAAAGAAGGAGGUAAAUGAUGGCAAAGCAGCAAAGAAGGCAGAUGAUCCAGAGAUUAUUGAAAUCCCAGACGAUUCUGAAAAAUCCCCUCUUAUUGACAAGAAAGAAGACUUAGCUGCAGAGAAGGAUAGGGAAGAAGGAAAUGAAGGAAAGGAAAAGGAAGCAGACGACUUAAGCCAAAAGAAGGAAGAAAAGGACAAGUCUUCAGCCGUCUCAGAGAAGGACACUUCUGCUAAUUGUAAGAGUGAAAGUUUAGACGGGAAGGCGGAUUCAGUAGAGGAGAAGUCUAAAGCUGAUGAAUGUAAAGAUGAAAAGAUGGACACAACUUCAUCUUCAGAUGAGAAAAAAGACCAAAAAGAAGAGAAACCAGAUGAAAGUGGUAAACUGCAGAAUGGGGAGAGCACCAAGGAAGGAGGAGCAGCUGCAGCAGCUGUUAACAUCAGCGAGGAGAAGAAGAAAGCCACUAAACAGAGGUUCAUGUUCAACAUUGCUGAUGGGGGAUUCACAGAGCUUCACUCCCUGUGGCAGAAUGAGGAGCGGGCCGCCACCGUCACCAAGAAGACGUUUGAGAUUUGGCACCGUCGCCAUGACUACUGGCUGUUAGCCGGAAUAAUACAACAUGGGUACGCUCGAUGGCAGGAUGUGCAGAACGAUGUGAGGUUUGCCAUCAUCAAUGAGCCCUUCAAAGGGGAGAUGAGCAGAGGGAAUUUCCUGGAGAUCAAGAACAAGUUUCUGGCCCGCAGGUUCAAGUUGCUGGAGCAGGCGUUGGUGAUCGAGGAGCAGUUGCGCAGGGCAGCCUACCUGAACAUGACGGAGGACCCGGCCCACCCCUCCAUGGCCCUCAACACUCGCUUCAGUGAGGUAGAGUGUCUUGCCGAGUCCCAUCAGCACCUCAGCAAGGAGUCCAUGUCUGGAAAUAAGCCUGCCAAUGCAGUGCUUCAUAAAGUCCUCAAACAGCUUGAGGAACUGCUGAGUGACAUGAAGGCCGAUGUCACCCGUCUCCCAGCAACCAUCGCCAGGAUACCCCCCGUGGCUGUGCGACUGCAGAUGUCAGAGAGGAACAUCCUCAGCCGCCUGGCCAGCCGGGGCCCUGAAGUCACAGCUCAGAACCAGCAGACCUCACAGCAGAUGCAGGUGCCGCGCUGACCAAUCACCUGGCACAUCUCCCGCUCACUGACGGUGGCUAGUAGCUCUCACCUCACCACCAUGUAGCAGACGUCCUCCCCCUAAACCACCAUGUACAACACAGUCAGGUUAGUCCUCCUCGCUCUGCGCCAACAAUUUAUCUCCGGACUCAAAAAGAGCAUCAGCUGCGCGGCCGGACUUUGUUCUGAAAAGACUGGAACUGUAGACGAACAAUGGGAGUAAAUGGAAGAAAUACUGGUCUCUCCGGGGCAGACUAAAUCCAAACGCUCGUCCUGUUGUUUGAGAUCAGAUUCAACUGUCCUGUCCUGAGCACUGAACUGCAGCAGCUCCUCUGACCUGUCCUGACAGCACGGUCAAACGUAUUUAUGUAACUUGUGUAUCAUGCAGCGGAGGAGGGCUCACCAGAGUAAAAGCAGCAUGUUUGGAGUAUACUGGUGCUUUGUAGUAACUUUUGGAUUACUGAAGAAUUCAAGGGAUUUCAUUGUGCUCUUUUUCACCUUUAGGAAUUUGUGAAACUAUCACCGUUCUGUUAGAUGUGAUUUAACUACAGUGUCCUCACGGGUAUGUGUGUGUCGAGAGAAAGUGUGUUUCCUGUGUGUAUGCGUGUAUUAAACAGGGCAUAGUGAUGUGCAUCUCUACUGCAGAACGCCCCGUCACUGACAGACUGUUACUUCUGCAUCAGUCAGAUCUGUUACCUCUUCUUGUGUCCGUACUCCCACCUGCCCUCGUCAGGUGACCUGAUCCGGGAUCAGCUCUUUGUGCACACACCCAAACACCACCUAAACAUUCCUGAUCCAACACAGUUUUGCUUCCUGGAAAAUCUUCCUGAAAUACAAAAUAAACAAAAAGCUCCACGGCUUUUAGGUACAUGGGACAGUUUUGAGAAUAACGGCAAUUUUAAGUUUAUUUAAUUUCCUGUUGUCUUUUUUUUUGUUUGUUUGUUUUCUUCUUGUUUUACGUUAUUAAAUAUUAUUGUUACCACCUCGCUGUUUUUAUUGUUGCUGUUUGUUUUUAUGGACUACAAUAAAAAGUCAACAAUUUCUCAAUCUU